UCCCGUGCUUAUCUCAGAGCCAGAGCAUCCUACAUCCCAAAGCGCACCUUUCUUUCGCCUCAGAGCCUGAAGCAGCUUGUUGGUUGGUUCUGAAGGUUAAGAAAGUGGCCGAGAAGGAACAAAAAGCGCUGAUUGUUUUCCUUCUUGAGAGAAACAGAAGCUGAAGGAACUCCAUUGAGACAAGAAACACAUACAAAAUACAACCUAUUCAGCUUUCCCUGUCAGAAGAAAGAAGGCCUAAGACAAACAACCCUUCAAUCUCCAUGUGGCCCUUUUGUUGCUCCAUGAAAGAUUAAGAGUCCCCAAACAUGCGUGCUGACAGAAAUCAACAGACUGGUGUACAAACAAAUGGUGCCAUUUCCAGGGAUACAUGGUGACCUCGACAUGCAGAUCCACAUGAUUUCCCUGAGGAUAAAACUGCUUUUUAUGACCAAAGUUUUGUUCUGAUAAUCUUUCAGGUUUGGCAGGUGCUUUGACUCUGUGCUGCACUUGCUAUCUCUCUUCACCUCAUGUGUGAAACGAACUUCCUUAGAAUUGCUUAAAUCUUUUUGUCAAGCUUGCAUGUGUGUGAAGCUUAGUGCUCAGGGGGCAUCUAUUUACAAUAAAACUUGUAAAAGAAGAGGCAGCACAACACACGCUUCAAAAUGUGGACUUUUUUGGGCAUUGCAUCUUUCAUCUACGUCUAUAAGAAAUGUGGAGAUUUGCUGAGUUAUGCCAACAAGGAGGUGCUGAUCUCCAUGGCAGUGUUCUUCUCUCUGAGUUUGCUCCUCUCCCAUCGAUAUCGGACAUGGGGCCUCAAGCAGCAGAAGCAUGUGCAAGCGCACCAUGGAGCACUGUCUGGAUUCUUCGCCACCAUGCCGCUCAUUGGCUUUUUCUGGACUAAGUCCCACAAUGGAUCUUCAGAGGUGCCACAGCCUAAAUCCAGAAAGGAUAGAAGAGGGGCCAGUAUCUCAGCUGAGACUACAAGUGAGACAGCUACAGCCUCAACACUUUCUUCUCAGUAUGAUCCAGAGAUCAUCAUUGUUGGGUCUGGUGUGCUUGGUUCUGCUUUGGCAGCAGUGCUUGCAAGAGAUGGAAGAAAAGUGGCCAUCAUUGAGAGGGAUAUGAAAGAACCUGACAGGAUAGUUGGAGAACUGUUACAGCCUGGGGGAUGUAAUGCUCUGAAAGACCUGGGCCUAGAAGAAGCAGUAGAAGGAAUCGACUGCCACACAAUAAAUGGUUACAUGGUGCAUGAUCCUCAAAGCAAAACAGAGGUUGAAAUUCCUUAUCCAUCUACACCAGAUGGCCGAAUACAAAGUGGAAAAGCAUUUCAUCAUGGGCGUUUCAUUAUGGGCCUUCGAAAGGCAGCCAUGGCAGAACCCAACACAAAAUUCAUUGAAGGGACAGUAAUACAGUUACUUGAAGAAGAUGACUGCGUUAUUGGAGUUCUGUAUAAAGACAAGGAAACUGGAGACACAAAGGAGCUCCACGCACCUCUUACUUUUGUGGCUGAUGGCCUCUUUUCCAAGUUUAGGAAAAAUUUCGUCUCCAGCAAAGUUAGAGUUCGAUCUCAUUUUGUAGGAUGCAUUUUGAAGAAUUCACCUCAGUUUAAAGCCAACUAUGCUGAACUGGUUAUGGGAAAUCCUAGUCCAGUACUUGUCUACCAGAUUUCUUCUAACGAAACCCGGGUCCUUGUUGACAUUCAAGGUGAAAUGCCAAAGAACCUUAAAGAAUAUAUGAUUGAGAAAGUUUAUCCACAGCUACCAGAGCAUCUGCAGGAACCUUUCCUAAUAGCUGUACAGAAUGAUCGCUUGAGGUCUAUGCCUGCAAGCUUCUUGCCUCCUACACCUGUGAACAAAGCAGGAGUGAUGCUUCUGGGAGAUGCUUACAACAUGAGGCACCCCCUAACAGGCGGAGGAAUGAGUGUUGUAUUUAAUGACAUCAAGAUAUGGAGGCACUUGCUGCAAGCUGUUCCAGAUUUAUAUGAGGACUCUGCUGUUUUGCAGGCCAAAAAGACCUUUUACUGGACACGAAGAAAAUCCUACUCUUUUGUUGUGAAUGUUCUUGCACAGGCUCUGUAUGAAUUGUUUUCUGCUGCAGAUGAUUCUCUGAAUCAGUUAAGGGCAGCCUGCUUCUGUUACUUCAAGCUGGGUGGUGAGUGUGUCUCUGGACCAGUUGGAUUGCUUUCAAUCCUGUCACCGAAGCCUAUUGUUCUGAUAGGCCACUUCUUUGCUGUUGCUCUCUAUGCUGUUUAUUUCAACUUCAAGUCAGAAUCCUGGAUCAACAAGCCCCGUGCGGUUUUCAAAAGCUUUGCUGUGAUGUUCCGGGCUUGUUCUGUCUUAUUCCCACUCAUAUACUCUGAAAUGAAGUACCUUGCCUAUUAAACCUGAAGAAACAAAUCUACAGGGAGAGGGAGAAUUUAAAAACUCUUUACAGACCAUCUUGUGGAUAUGACAUCGUUUUGUCCUGUUGUUUUGUUAUUCUAAAAAAAAAGAAGAAUCAGUUCCUGAGAGGGAAAACAAUCCAACCUGGCUUUAUUUUGUGAUUUGUAGUUGUGUAUCUUUAUACAGAGAGAUAAGACAUUGACAAGGAAUCUCCUUGUAGUUGUUAAUACCUGGUAUGCAGGAAAAUGUAUAAUCCUUGCAA